AUUCAAAGUCUAUUUUUAGCGCAUUUUUGGUCCAAAAUUAUCACAAAUUCUGAAUUCAUUUCACUUUUGGAUUCGUUUUGAGAAGAAAACAAUCUUUGAAUCGGAAAAUGUCAGACGACGCGAGAGCCAAGUUCGAGGACAAGGAGCGCAAGAAGGCGGAAAUCCGACAGCGAUUGGAGGCGCAGAUGAAGUCCACGAAGAAGAAGGGCUUCAUGACGCCCGAGCGCAAGAAGCGACUGCGGCAACUGUUGCGCCGGAAAGCGGCCGACGAAGUGAAGCGCCAGCAGGAGCUCAAGGAGAAGGAGCGGCUGAAAGUGAUCGGGGAAAGGACGGGAACUCCGAAGGCGGCCGCCGACGCCAACGAGGCCACUCUGAUGGCGAUCUGCAAAGAGUACUACAACCGGAUCUACAGACUCAACGAAGACAAGUGGGACCUGGAGCUGGUCACGUGCAUCAAGGAGUACGAGAUCAAUGACUUGCAGUCGCGAGUGAACGACAUGAGAGGCAAAUUUAUAAUCCCGCCGCUGAAGAAGGUGAGCAAAUAUCAGACGCAGUUGGAGAAGAUGCGCCAGUGGACGUACAAGUUGGCGAAGAUGGACCUGAAGGGCGGUCUGAAGCCGGUGAAGAAGGAGAUCGACCUGGGCGGCACCGACGCCGCGAAGAAG